UGAGGUAGAGCGUGUCAAUAACAAACUUCUGGUGUGCUGUUUUUGCUCAUCUCUUUGAAUUCUCCUUGUUUUGAACAAUGGACAUUGUAUGCAAUGUGGACGGAACUUAACCCAGUUAUUCCAUCUUGCUCAGUAUCUACUUAACUGUUAACCCCAGAAACAGUUUGAGAGGGAAAUGUCAGAAGGACGGUGCUGAACCUGAGGCUUCUGCGAGUUUAGGGUGAUUGAAAUGCAAGCUUGAACAGAUGGCAGCAAUUCAUUUAGAAAUACCUGCUUUCAUAAGUAGGCUAUAAGUAAAUUAGCAAAAGGAGAUGAAGCGUAAACAUUGUUCACAAUCGGUUGAUGUCUAUUAUUCAAUCCCGCAUCAUCAGGCUGACUAAAUGUUAUUUUUAGAUCUUAAGAGCUUAGAUAUGCACCGCAAGAUUUUUUGUUGUUGUUCCAAAAGUAAAAAAGAAGUUACUCAACACGGAGAAAGAGGCCUCUUUUCCCUAUAUGGAGUAGGCAGCCAAGAGGCCCCACAUUCCCCUCAGAAAGCACAAUUGCAGGCCUAUGUGUCCUCCGGCCACCAAAUGGCGCCCCCCAGUCCAAACACCAACAGUAGCAGCAACAGCAGUGGGGGAGGAGAACAGCUGAGUAAAACUAACCUGUACAUCCGCGGCCUCCAUCCGGGGACCACAGACCAAGACCUGGUCAAGCUCUGCCAACCGUAUGGCAAGAUUGUUUCGACCAAGGCCAUCUUGGAUAAAACCACCAACAAAUGUAAAGGCUAUGGCUUUGUGGACUUUGACAGCCCAGCAGCAGCACAGAAAGCAGUUACAGCUCUGAAGUCCAGUGGGGUCCAGGCUCAGAUGGCCAAACAACAAGAGCAGGACCCCACCAACCUCUACAUCUCCAACCUACCACUGUCUAUGGAUGAGCAAGAGCUGGAGAGCAUGCUCAAGUCAUUUGGCCAGGUCAUUUCCACACGCAUCCUCCGAGAUGCUAACGGGACAAGCCGCGGUGUGGGAUUUGCCAGAAUGGAAUCCACGGAGAAGUGUGAGGCCAUAAUUCAGCAUUUCAAUGGCAAAUUCAUCAAGACUCCACCAGGAGUGCCUGUGCCCACAGAGCCCUUAUUAUGUAAGUUUGCAGACGGAGGUCAGAAGAAGAGGCAGAACCAGGGGAAGUACCUCCAUAAUGGAAGGCCCUGGGGUAGAGAUGGAGAUACGGGAGGAAUGACUCUUGCGUAUGACCCCACGGCCUUACAAAAUGGCUUUUACUCCUCACCCUACAGUCUGGCUCCAAACCGAAUGAUCGCCCAGACUUCCCUCUCACCCUACAUGCAUUCUCCUGUCUCAUCCUACCAGGUACACAAUCCGUCCUGGAUGCACCAUCAGUCAUACCUCAUGCAGCCAGCUGGUACAGUUCUUACCCCAACAAUGGAUCAUGCCAUGUCCAUCCAGCCCACGUCCAUGAUGGGUCCUCUCGCCCAGCAGCUAAGCCACAUGUCCCUGGGCAGCACGGGCACAGAGAAUGGUGGUCAACAGCAACAGGUUGCCAUGGAGUCUCCCGCAGAGCACACAAACUACUCGUAUCAACACACCAAGUGAAGCUAAGCUCCCAGCAGGGUGGGGCUGAGGGCACAAGAUGAAUCCAACCAAACAGGAUUCAGCUGGAAGAGAACUGUGCUCCAUACCAUCACCAAGCACCCAGACUUGAACAUGGAUAAUAAAAGGAACGUGUGUGUUUGUUUGUUCGUGUAUGUGUGUGUGUGUGUGUGUGUGUGUGUGUGUGUGUGUGUGUGUGUGUGUGUGUGUGUGUGUGUGUGUGUGUGUAUGUCUGUAUUUUUUUUUUUUUUUUUAAAAAGGACAACAAUUACGUUAUUGGACUUUCCUGCUCACAUCCUUAAGAGUUGAUCAACCAAAGGUGGGAAUCUUCUUCACAGAAGCUUUAAUCUAUUUUGAUAACUGAAAAAAAGGAACAUAACAAGAAGUUUAAAAGGAAACUAAGAAAAAAACUUAAGAGAGGAGGAAAAGACACAGAGCAUUAUUUUUGUGCACGUAAUAUAAAAAAUUCUUAUUUUUAAAAGAAAAACGCAUUCUGGACGUUUCAGGGUGAUUCAAGGAAAAGUUGAAACACAAUGUGUCUUUUAUUUUUUUGUAAAAUAUGCAAACUUUUAUUUUUAUUUCCUGAUGUUUGUUGUUUGACGUUCUAUUUGCAGCAGCGGGGGCAACAAUUUGUACAGAUUUAAAAACGUUGUGUUGAGUCAUUGUAACCGUGGGGAGGCAAACCGUUUAAAGCUACUUCUUCCUGUAACUGCUGCAGAGAUUUCUAUUCAUGCACAGACGAUAAUAACAUUGUUUAUAGUUAAGUCUAAUUCUUUUUUUUUUUUUUUAAAUUAACAUUCUUCCAUAAGUGAACAAAAGACAAUCAAUUAUUUUUAUUUAUAUUUGAAUUAUAGUUCUAUUUUUUUAGACUUUUUAGAUCAUUGAAACAUACAUAUAGAAAAGAAGUUAUUUAAUACUGUAGUCUAUCAAGACAUGAUGAAACUGACCUUAGCCGAUGCAUUAAUGAUAAGCUCUAAUAUUUGGAAAAUUCUUCUUUCGUAGUUUUGAUGCUUGGAUGACUUUUAAUUCAGUUCAAGUCCCGUAUGCGCCAUCAAAAAUGGCACCUGUUCAUACUAAUAGUCGCCCUGUUUUGUUUUAUUGUAACUCCAUGUUACAUCCAUGUCCAUGAGAAGUGGUUUUAAGCGGUUUUGCUGUGGCAAACCUUCAGGUAUCAUUAAAUUCAUCCUCUGUCGAAGGGAUGAAGUGAACGUGCUUUAGAUCUGAGCAGUUAAAUUACUUACUGAAAGAUUAUGUGUACAAAGAGCAAUGCAGUUACUAAAUUAAGAUAAAGUUUAUCAAAAGCAAUGAGGGAAAUCAAAUAGAGGACUAACACGAUCCCUGAGAAUAAUUAGUAUGAAAGGAAAGGGAGCUGUAAGAAAGUUAAAUGUUUCUGUUUUUCUUUUGUCUGUCACUUGAAAACCUUUUUGAGCUAACGUGCCCUAUUUUUGAUGAAUUUAUCUUUUGAAGUAGAUUUUAGCUGUAGGUUUUACCUUUUUUUACAGAGAGUAGAUGUUAGAUUUUUCUCUGCGUAUGGAUUGAUGCUGUUUUCUUGUACUUGUUUUCACACAAAUUUCUGUUCCAAACCUUGUGUCGUCUGUCCUCAUAUUGCAUCGGGCCUGUUUGUAGAAAGCCUUGAGGAGCGGAGAGUUGACUCAAACAAAGACUUCAUUUAGUGCUGAUCCAAAAGAUUCUUACUGAUGCUGCAUCAGUGUUGCAGCUCAAAGAGGAUUCGUGCACAAAAGCCCUUUUCAGAGUGGAGCUCAUGUCACCACAUACAGUGCAUCCAAAUGUGUUGAACUUUAAUUUAUGCAGACAUCAAAAACUGUAGAUAUGUAGAUAAUAGAAAUAAUGGUUUUACAAAGGACUGCUCACUAGACCAUGGAAGUGCCAUUAAAGAUGAUUAAAACAGCCUUUAGUGAGGCAGCAAGUCUGAAUGAAUUUAGGAGUAAUCCAAAAUUCCGCGAAAACACUUUUUAGCUAAGCCUUAAUGUUUUUUCUCUGAAUGAACUGCCUGAUCUCUCAUAGGAUUGACACUAAAUUGUAUAUACUACAGAAAUGGCAACAGGCUUGUUUGAAUGCCAUCGAGUUAGUCAUCACAUCAUUGGAGUUAGCUGUAGGGUAACGGGGAGCUUUUCUUCCCGCUCUUCAACCAUCCAUGUUUAAGAUCAGUGAUAAACGCAGUGUAAAAACGUAUUUCUCAAGGCUCGAGGUUUGAUGAUUGGGUUUCUAACUCUUUACAUUUUUUUUUCCCACACGAACACUUUUUGCUGUGUGUUUCUGUUGUUUUAUUUCCACAACCAAAGAUGUUGCAGCCACCCAUCUUUUAACUCUCUGUCACAGAGCUCUCAUUCAUAGGCGAUAAUGCGUUGCGUGUAGCUGGAUAAAAUGCCGUUUUUCUGCUUCUGACAGAUUCAGAAAAAUUGAAAAGAUGCAGUAAAGGUGGUGACGUGCACACAAUAUUCCACAUUAUGACCCCAGUUUAAGGCUUUGUGAGAACUUACAUGUAAAUGAUCUGGUUUUGUUGACGUGUGUUAGUUGAGUUUCCCUCAGUGUACGUAAUGAAGUGCUGGUGCAUAUUUAAACAGGCUCAUUAUGAACUUUAUUGGCCACAGCAGACACCCAGGAGAAAUCCAGAGCUUUUCUGAUGGUGAGAGUUUUUUUUCGACACGAGAGCUAAUUUUGUAAAUAGUCUUUUUUUCCACUUCCUCUGUACACCAUUUUGUUUGUUUCUUCUUGUGUGUGUUUUUUGUUGUUGAUUUUUUUAAUUGAUUUAUAACCUGUCCAGAUAACACAGUGACUAGCAAGUUUGUCAGAUUCAGUGCACCAUGAAGGAAAAUGUCAUGGAUAUUAUUUAUAUGUUCAGAUAAAUGAUAUUCCAUGUAUUAGCCAUCACUUUUAAUACAAAAACAGGAUUUUGAAACUAUGAAAUGACCACUUGUUACAAUACAGUGUUUAUUUUUUUAUUUUAUUUUUUCACAAACUUGUCAGCAGAGAUAAUAUUACAGGAAGUGAUGAUGCUCCAAAAUGAAUGUGCACCAUUACAAUGAUAGAAACAUAAGUUACAUUUAAGCUGUAGGAAUACACACAACAGUGUGCUCUAUAGACAGUACACAACAUUUGA